ACUCCACUGGGAGACAGCGGUGUGAGCGAGAGUGAGAUAACAAACAACGUAUGCUAAACAAAUGACAGGAAAAUCAAAGGUCUAUUUCAGCAUUUGACCAUGGCAACAGCUCUGCAAUUGGUCUGUAGUCGGCGUUGCUAGGGACACGCAUCCAUUUGUAGUCGGAAACCUGUGCCUGUGUACCGGAGCAAAAUCAAUGGAUCCGCAGUUUUCGGUGCCCGAAUACGGCGCCGCCAUUGGACUGAAAACUGCCCCUCGUCUCUCCCUCCCUCCCCUCAUUAUCCACUUCGCUCCCAGCAAAAUACUUUUUCUCUUUUCUCCAAACCACCUUAAAUCUCUUCUCACAUCCUCUGAAUUCACCCUCCUCCCUCAACUCUUGCAUUUAGAAAUCGUCACUCCUGUCCCUUGUCUCAAUUCACAAUGGCUGCCCCCGCACACAAGUUCAAGGUCGCUGACCUCAGUCUGGCGGCGUUUGGUCGCCGUGAGAUCGACCUCGCAGAGAAUGAGAUGCCAGGUCUGAUGGCUACUCGUGAGAAGUACGCCGCCGACCAGCCAUUGAAGGGUGCCAGGAUAGCUGGCUGUCUUCACAUGACCAUCCAAACCGCCGUGCUCAUCGAGACCCUCAAGGCCCUCGGUGCCGAGCUCACCUGGACCAGCUGCAACAUCUUCUCCACACAAGAUCACGCUGCUGCUGCGAUUGCAGCCUCCGGUGUCCCAGUGUUCGCAUGGAAGGGCGAGACCGAGGAAGAGUACGAGUGGUGCCUCGAGCAGCAAUUGACUGCCUUCAAGGAUGAUAAGAAGCUCAACCUCAUCCUUGACGACGGUGGUGACUUGACCGCUCUUGUGCACAAGAAGUACCCCGAGAUGCUCAAGGACUGCUACGGUGUGUCCGAAGAGACGACGACUGGUGUGCACCACUUGUACCGCAUGCUCAAGGGCAAGGGUCUCCUUGUUCCGGCUGUCAAUGUCAACGACUCCGUGACGAAGUCCAAGUUCGACAACCUGUACGGCUGCCGUGAGUCCCUCAUCGAUGGUAUCAAGCGUGCUACCGAUGUUAUGGUCGCCGGUAAGGUCGCUGUCGUUGCCGGUUUCGGCGAUGUUGGCAAGGGUUGCGCUCAGGCUCUCCACGGCUUCGGUGCCCGUGUCAUCGUCACGGAGAUUGAUCCCAUUAACGCUCUGCAGGCCGCCGUCUCGGGUUACCAAGUCAUGACCAUGGAGGACGCUGCGCCAAUUGGCCAGAUUUUCGUUACCACCACCGGCUGCCGUGAUAUCCUGACUGGUGAGCACUUUAGCGUCAUGAAGAACGAUGCCAUUGUUUGCAACAUUGGCCACUUUGACAUUGAGAUUGAUGUUGCGUGGCUCAAGGCCAACGCCAAGAGCGUGCAGAACAUCAAGCCCCAGGUGGACCGCUACCUCAUGCCAAAUGGCAACCACAUCAUCCUGUUGGCUGAGGGCCGUCUCGUGAACCUGGGAUGCGCUACUGGCCACUCUUCCUUUGUCAUGUCAUGCUCCUUCACCAACCAGGUCCUCGCCCAGAUCCUUCUAUUCAAGGCGUCGGAUGAGGAGUUUGGCAACAAGUACAUUGAGUUUGGCAAGACCGGCAAGCUUGACGUGGGCGUCUACGUCCUUCCCAAGAUUCUCGACGAGCAGGUCGCUUUCUUGCACCUUGACCACGUCAACGCCAAGCUCUCGAAGCUGUCGGAGAAGCAGGCCGAGUACCUUGGUCUACCAGUCGAGGGGCCUUACAAGAGCGACAUGUACGUGACUUUUUUCCCCCUCAUCCAGAUUAGCAGACGUCUUGCUAACAUGAUGGCAGCUACCGAUACUAAAGUAAGCAUUUACGAGCGUCUAUUUCCUUUGUCAUGUACGAACUGAUUCAACACGCGGACAAGCGGAUGAUACCAAAAAGCGGCAUUUGUCUUCAACGGCAUUCGGGGCCUGGGACGACGGGAGACGGAUCUGGUGGGAUAAGUUCAAGACAAAAUAUGGUUAAGAUAUGGGAGGAGCAUCGGCGUUGGUCAUCUAACGGCAUUUCAACCAGCCGGGAUGAUGAUGAUGAGGAUGAUGAUAUAUACU